AACACUUACAAUUUCUUUUUGACUAUAUCACCGAAAAAGAACCAAAUAUUGCGAUUUACGAACACACUAAUUAUUUGAACUUGAAAGGCAAAGAUAUGACUGCCUUAUUCAAACUCUUUGGGGGAAUUGAAGGUUUGAAACUCAAUUUUGCUUGCUUAAAUAGCAUAGAAAGUAUUCCCGUGAACCAA